ACUAGUUUAAAAGGUAGUUAUUUAGAAACAUUUAAACUGACUGGAAGAUGUGCAAAUUAUGCUUGAGAUACACCUAAAAGUAAGGGUAUUCAAUUUGAUUUCUAUUGAAGCACCCAGGCAUAUGAAAUGAGUACAACUCUCUCUUUGUAGUUAUCACGUUGACAUUCUGUUCUCCAUCACAGGGACCGAUGAGAAAUAUGUGCAGUAUGUUAUGCCUGAUCGCAGAUUGACUAGCAUAGUCUGAAAAGAGGCUGUGGCUGAUGUGAGCAAGAUCAGUCUAAUUGCUCUCCCUGCAUCAGCAGCAUCUAUAGAGCAUCCUGGGAAUUGCUUGCCCUAGGAUCUGAGCAGCUGGUCACAUGAGUCUGAAUUUUCAGUUCAGUUCAUUAGUCAGCCAUUUUGGUCAACACCCUGCUUGCUGCGCACAACCAAUCCUGUUAGCACUCUGUGUCCAGGCUUAUCGGGUGAGACAGACUAGUAGGGAUUCUAGCAAUUCUGGAUAUCUGUUCUUAUAGACUUAUAUUAUUUUGUUUUUUCUUAGUUUUGGUAACUAGCAAAGGAAGCUUUUUUCUAAUGCAGUGGCCAGGUUUUCUGUAGUUGCUUAGGAUUAAUAGCAUCUAGCACAGCUGAGGAAAAAGAUAGUUAAGGAAGAGAGAGGAGGAGGAGACGGAGAAGAGGAGCAUCAUUUAUACCUUGCUUUUUCAUACAGAAGCUGUCGCAGUUUGUGAUUUGAGCAUAUUUGUUCUUACGCAGCCAGGUAUUUCUUCUUCUCAUCAUCAGAAGGCUUUUCCUUUUAGUUCUUUUUUGUUGUACCAGCUGAGUCAUCAUGUCUGCCCUGACGCCUCAAAGCGAUAUGCCAACCCCCACUACAGACAAGAUCACGCAGGCUGCCAUGGAGACCAUUUAUCUUUGCAAAUUCCGAGUGUCUAUGGAUGGAGAAUGGCUUUGCCUGCGCGAGCUGGAUGACAUCUCACUUACCCCCGACCCAGAACCUACCCAUGAAGACUCUUGGGAGGAUUUGACAGAUUUGGUGGAGCAAUUGCGGGAUGAUACUGAAGAUCCUAAUUAUCUUAUGGCUAAUGAGCGUAUGAAUCUGAUGAAUAUGGCCAAACUGAGCAUAAAGGGAUUGAUUGAAUCGGCGCUUAACCUGGGCAGAACACUGGACUCUGACUAUGCACCUCUUCAGCAGUUCUUUGUAGUGAUGGAACACUGCCUUAAACAUGGCUUGAAAGCCAAGAAGACUUUUCUUGGACAAAAUAAGUCGUUUUGGGGACCUCUGGAGCUGGUAGAGAAGCUUGUUCCUGAAGCUGGAGAGAUCACAGCAAGUGUUAAAGAUCUGCCGGGGCUUAAGACACCUGCAGGUAGAGGAAGAGCUUGGCUUCGCUUGGCCUUAAUGCAGAAGAAACUUUCAGAAUAUAUGAAGGCUUUGAUUAAUAGAAAGGAUCUUCUCAGUGAAUUUUAUGAACCUAAUGCUCUCAUAAUGGAAGAAGAAGGUCACAUAAUUGCUGGCCUCCUAGUAGGAUUGAAUGUCAUAGAUGCAAACUUCUGCAUGAAAGGAGAAGACUUGGAUUCACAGGUUGGAGUUAUUGAUUUUUCAAUGUACUUGAAGGAUGGGAAUAGCAGUAAGGGCAAUGAAGGAGAUGGUCAAAUAACUGCUAUUCUGGACCAGAAAAAUUAUGUAGAAGAGCUCAAUAGACACUUAAGUGCUACCGUAAACAAUCUGCAGGCAAAAGUGGAUGCUUUAGAAAAAUCCAACACUAAACUUACUGAGGAGCUGGCAGUUGCAAACAAUAGGAUUAUAACACUGCAAGAAGAGAUGGAGCGAGUUAAAGAAGAAAGUUCUUUCCUCUUGGAAUCUAAUCGUAAGGUAACUAAGCAAGACAGAACUACAGAUGGAGUUGCACUAAGUGAAGCACGGAAACAGUUAAAGGAGGAGACUCAGUUACGGCUGGAUGUGGAAAAAGAACUAGAGGUGCAGAUUGGCAUGAGACAGGAGAUGGAGCUGGCCAUGAAGAUGCUGGAAAAAGAUGUUUGUGAGAAGCAGGAUGCAUUAGUGGCACUCAGGCAGCAACUAGAUGAUCUCAGGGCACUAAAACAUGAACUUUCCUUCAAGCUACAGAGUUCAGACCUGGGAGCAAAACAGAAGAGUGAAUUAAACAGCCGUUUGGAGGAGAAGACAAAUCAGAUGGCUGCUACUAUAAAACAGCUUGAACAAAGAUUGCGACAGGCAGAGAGAGAACGGCAAUCUGCCGAGGAGGACAACCGGCUUUUCAAGCAAGAAUUUGGUGACAAGAUCAACAGUCUUCAGAUGGAAGUGGAACAGCUCACCAAGCAGCGGAGCCAUCUUGAACAAGAAUUGAAACGGGAAAGAGACAGAUGGUCACCAACCCACCAUGGCAUCCAAGAAAACAAAAGCAUGGUAGCCCAAGAAAAGGGCUGCCAAAAACCACAAUUAAAAAUGGAUGGGAAGCACAAAAUCCAGGAAGAGAAUGCUAGACUCGGAGAACCAGGAAGAGGGGAAAAUGCUGUUCUUCCCAACAAAAUGCAGCCUGUCACACAAGAAGAGCAGGAACUCUCACAUGGACCUGGGAAAUCACAACUAUGUCAGCUGUGCCAAGAAGAAGGCAGCCUCAUCAAAAUAAAGCACAUCUGCAAGAAUUGUGGUGGAGUCUUCUGUGACACCUGUUCAGCUAAUGAACUGCCCCUUCCAUCCAGCAUCAAGCCAGAGUGUGUUUGCAACAUGUGUCACAAACAGCUGAUGCAGCAGUAUUCAACAAGCCCAUUGUAGGACUCCACACGAGACAUUGCUGACCAUUCAAGGCUUGGUGCAGCUAUAAAAUAUUGUAGCUAUGCUCAGCUCUGGGGCUGUUCUAGCGAGUUUAUAGCAAAGAAUCUCUUAUCUCUGUACUUGCGAGGUCAAGGAAAGUACAUUAUUGUACUCACAUUGUCACAACUGUCAACUUAAAAUACUGACCUGAGCCUUCCUUAAGGAAAACACACCCAUUUUCAGGCAUGAGCUGCUCUAAAGAACUGUUCAGAAAAGCCUUAAUACUAUGGCAAGAGGCACAAACACCAGUACAGUUAAGCACUUUGUUGGAAGGUAAAAUGGAACAAAACUGAUAACUGAAAAGAUGAGAAGGUACUUUCACCAGCUUGCGUGGUUCUGCCUGAAACACUUUCCUUUUUCCUUUCUGUCUUCUCUAGUUCUGUUGAACUGAGAUGCUCCAGUUAAGAGAGAAAUUGCACGAAAGAGCUGAGCAAUAAAUGUGGGAUUUACUUAAUUCAGUGCUCAGUUGGUCUUGUUUAGGCAUGUGGAGUAAAACAUUAAAAGUUGAAAGGAAAGAUUUAAAAAUAUUUGGGGGCUAUUUUAUUGUUUGAGUGAGAUGAGAAUUGAAUAGCAACCAUUUUGCUCAGUAUGCUUGAAUGUUCUCAUAGCAAAAUAUUAUUUAAAUAUAGCUUAUUUUGUUGUAAAAACAGAGGCCUCUGAACUUUGUAGUGGAGGCUUUCAUUGUGACUUAUGGAAGCUGUGACAUUCUAAAGUCCAUAAACCUGUUCUGUCUUGAUUUGAUAAUCAGGAUUUUGAUUCCAAAAUAUUUAAAUGGAAAAAAUACUGGUCUUCCUUUAAACAGAAUAUUUGGGGGCAUGUUUGUACAGUGAUGUACUGCUCCUGCAAAUACAGUGCACAUGAAUCACUGGCAUAAUAUAGCUGUUAUUCAAACAGCCAAGAUUUAGUCAUGUUAGACUUAUGACUUUUUUAGCCACACGAAGUGGCGGCUGCUACCACGGGGUUCAGAGGUGCUGAUGUGAAAUUCACUUUCAAAUAGGCUUUAUGGUUUUCAUAGAAAGAUAACCUGACAUAGAAGCCUUAACUGAGACUUUCUGUGCUACAACAAAAGGUGACACCUUCCUUCUGAAGUGUACAGAGGGCUCUGGCCUCCCCUCGUGCCACCAUGUUUAAACAGCAAAAUCACAAAUACUGGUACACAUUCCUCCAUAAAGAGAAAGAUGUAGUUCAAAUAAACUAAACCAUUAAGACCACAGAAUGUAUUAUAAUCUUUAGAAAACAGACAUAUAUAUUUAUAUCUGUUGGGGAGCGUUGCAUUAAUUUUUGUACAAAUCUAUAGUUAGAAAACCUGUUCCUCCAAAAGUGAUUAUAUGCAAAUUAAAUGUUAGAACUACAUUGAGAGUUGAAGCCACUUUCCUGAGCCAGUGAGGGUGAUGAGCGUAUAAUCUAGUCUGGGUCUCCCUCUGAGUGCAAGGAGCUAGCUAGGCUUAUUUCACAUAAGCCAACCAACAACAGCGAGUGAAUGGAACUCAGGAAAGCAGGGGGAACAAAGGAAUACAUUACAAGUUCAACUGGAAGUGCUUUUUAUUAAGUUUUCUUGUAAGAAUAGUAAAUAUCUGAUCUUUUCCUGCAAUUGGUAACUUUAGAAGCAUUAAGUUUUUAAUUCUUAAGAGGUAAAAUAGCUUUGUGUUUGGAAUCUGAGUGGGAGAUAAAGUGAACCUUUUUUCCAGGAAGAGACAAGAUCACCAAUAAAAAGUCAUGGACAGCCCUCUUGCAGCACUGGAAAAGAUACUGGGCUAAUCUUAGCCUGAAGGUGAGGUUGAUUGCUUUUGCAGGGUGUAUGUUUAGUAAUGCUCACAAAGCUACAGAACUUAAUCUGCUAGUUGAGUUGGUUUUGUUUUUCUGCUAGUCAGACUAGAAACAAAUUUAAGCAUUUGAAUGUUAAACUGGAAACAUAGUAUUUAAUUUUAAUGUAUAAAUACUGACACGUCUCUAGAGUGUGAUUAGAAGCUCAAAUAGAUUAUUCUCCAGUUACUUUUUAAACCUUUUAGACUCUGAAACAGGAAAAUUGCUACCACCACUUUUACAUAAUGUUUCAAAAAGCAAGAUAGGAAACUCAGAACUUGGUCAUAAGUGACCAACUCUUUGCAAUCAACAUUGUAGCAAAUGAGUUAGUUACAGGUGUAAGUGCAACUUAAAUGGAGAGUCAGAAUUACAAUAUGGCCUCUGUCAUCCUCAGUAUUGGACUUGUAAAUGCAAUGGUUGUGACAUUACUGUAUUCACUCUACCACCUAAGGUAAUAAAUGUAAGCAUCUCUGAUCUAUUUUUGUUUGUAGGUAUAACCCUGAAAACUAAAGGGCAGGUGGGAAAGUGUUUUCUACCGGUUCUUCACCAAAAUAAAAUUGUUUAAAAUA